CGGUGCGGCGUGUUCUGUUCCGAUCGUUAUUAUUUUCCAGACAUCAAGAGGCAUCAGCAUGGCUAUUCCAGUGGGGAGAUCUGUUGUCUUCGUGACUGGAAACGCAAAGAAACUAGAAGAGGUGAUUCAGAUCUUGGGGGACGGGUUUCCCUACAAACUGGUGCCCAAGAAGAUUGACUUGCCUGAAUACCAGGGGGAACCAGACGAGAUCUCUAUACAGAAGUGUAAGGAAGCAGUAAAACAGGUUGAUGGACCAGUCAUCGUGGAGGACACCUGUCUCUGUUUCAGAGCAUUGGGAGGUCUACCAGGACCCUACAUAAAAUGGUUCCUGGAUAAACUUAGGCCUGAAGGUCUGUAUAAGAUGUUGGCUGGGUUUGAAGAUAAGUCAGCCUGGGCUCUGUGUACCUUUGCCUUCUGUCCAGGGAAAGAGGAGCCAGUACAACUCUUCAGAGGGAUAACUGAGGGGCACAUUGUAGAGCCUAGAGGCCCCAGAGACUUUGGUUGGGACCCCUGUUUCCAACCAGACGGAUUUGACAAAACUUAUGCUGAGCUACCUAAGGAGGUGAAGAACACAAUAUCCCAUCGGUACCGAGCCCUGGCAGCCAUGUCCGAACACUUCUCCUCUCAGGCCAACGACAAUGGCAUGCCAGACACCAAGAAGAAGAAACAGAACGACUAACCACUGAUCUAGAGUCAGACAACCCUACCCCCAUGGAUACAAAACCUAUCUCACUCUGUAUCCGUGGUUAGGGGCAACUUCUACCUACUCUGACCAAUCGCUCAACAAACAGUCAGGACUCAGCUAACCAAUCAGACAGGGACAAACUUGUGCAGAUUAGACAGUUCCACACUGGUCAGCAAGUUCCAACCUCAUCUGCCAAAGGUUUAGACUCCGUCCUCCAUCAUUUGUCUUAAAUAAGUCGAUUUUGUACCUUAUCAAAAAAUAAAGAUUUGGUUUAUUCUC